AUGCACGGAAUGUCGGUUGCAAUGUUUGGUGGCACUGGUUGCGACAGUGCUGCAGCAGGCAUUGGUACCACCACAAUGCAGCAUCAUCUAGUCGCUGCAACACCAGGAAAUUCUAUUGCUAGUACUGCUAACACUACUUCAGCGGCAGCAGCCGCUGCUGCUGCUGCAGCGCAACGUAUGGGUAUGUCGUUUGGCAUUCACAGUCUUCUGGGAUUAGCUGCAGCACGAGAUAUGCAGCAGCAACAACAACAACAACAGCAUCAUGGUACCGUUACUGCUGCUAGUUAUAUUGCCGCUGCACCACAAUACUGCACUCAUCAACCUGCUGCUACAGCAUCAUUUUUCCCGCAUAAUGCAGCAGCGGCAGCAGCACCUCAGCUAUUUGCUAUGGAAAUGCCGCAAGCGACACUGGAUCGUGUCCAUUACGAUCCGAUGUUAAAUCAG